UUAGUGAUAAUUAAGAAGAGAAGAAAAAGAAUGUCGAGAGAGAAAGAAGGAGAAAUGGAGAAGGAGAGUAUUCCUCAUAUAUUUCAUCAACACCCGCUGAGUUUGAUCCCCAACCGGGCCGCGGAAACUGAUAAUUCUUGGAGCACUUGGUGUUAUGGUUGUUGGAGAUACUUUUUACCAGGAGAGGCAGCCUAUGGAUGCAGCCAAAAGUGUGGAUUUCCUUGGGCAUUACACAAAGAAUGCAUGGAAAUGCCGAGAGAGAUCCGCCAUCCUCUCCACCCUUCACAUUCACUCACACUACAAAACUCUUUACAUGGCGCUACCGCCAGAUCAUGUGCAGUUUGUGAUGAGUCUGUGUACGGGCUGUGGUAUAAAUGUAGUGGGGGAUGUAAGUGGUGGAUCCACUUGGGAUGCACAGGGGAUUUUGAAGCGGCAGUAGUUGAUGAUUCAACAAUGAAGCACCCAAGCCACCCUCAACAUCAACUAAUCAAGAAUACAAGAUCGUGCUCCUUCCCCUGCGAUGCUUGUGGUGCCACUCACAAAGGGAACGCCUACAUCUGCACCCUUUGCAACUACUGGAUACACGAGAGCUGCGCACUCUUGCCGGUGUCUGCGCACUUCCCUCAUCAUCGCCCCGACCACUCUCUCUCACUUGCUUUUAAUCUGCCAUAUGAGUACAUCAAAUAUGAAUUUGUGUGUGCUAUAUGCAGCGAAACUUUGCCAAUGAGACGUUGGGUCUAUCAUUGCCAGCUUUGCAGAUAUGUUGUCCAUAUCAACUGCGCCACCAACACAUCCUCCCUCUCACUUUCGAAUUCAUCUAAUAAUGAAAAUUUAGUUGAUGAUGUGAAAGACAUUACCAAGGGUCCAAUAGAUGACAUAUAUGAGGAGAUUGUCAGAUCAUUCGUUAAAAGAGAGAGAGGCCAAAUUUCCAUCCCUCAUGAUCAUGACAAUCAGAAGACGUGUGACAAAUACAGGUUCCCCAAUCACCCUCAUCUACUAAGUUUUACUAUAUUUUCAUCUUCACCGCCCUGCUCCUCAUCUCAUCAUCACAACCAAAAAGAAGAAGACGACGAUGAUGACGAUGACGAUGAUGAUGAUAGCAUUCCAAUAUCAGGACUAAUAUGUGAUGGGUGCACAUUGCCCAUACAUAAAAAGAAGCAAACAGAUGAUGAUGAUGAUGAUGAGUACGAGAAUGGUUAUAUGAGUUGUGAUGAAUGCAAAUACUUUCUCCACUUGUCCUGCUUUAACUUACCACCACACCUCCCAUCUCUUCCACUCCACCCCAUCCAAAAUCACAAUCUUACACUUCGAAAUGCUGGCAAACUAACAGAUUGGGCAUUCUGCAGGGUUUGUGAGGGUUAUACGAAUGGGCUCUUUUAUGAGUGUACCCAGUCCGAGUGCUACUUCACUAUAGACAUCAAUUAUAAACAGGGAUUAUUAUACAAAUGCAACAGUUGCAGAAUCUGCGUGUGUUGUGAAUGCAUGUUGCUACCAUCACGCAAUAAACAUAGAUUGGAGAAACACUACUUGUGGUUGACAUAUGAUGCGUAUAUUAACCGUCCUGGUGAGUUCUACUGCAGCAACUGCGAAGACCAAAUGAAUCCUAAUAGCUGGAUGUAUCAUUGUCGAGACUGCGAUCAAUCCUUUCAUCCUAAAUGCAUUCCUGCUACGUCGGGUGAGUAUAGAAACAUCAAGUAUGUGAUGCAGCAUGAUACUUUUACCUUGUUUGUGCGUCAUGGGGGUGGGUUUGAACCAGUUUAUGGUGCAGAUCACUAUGUUGGGGGUGUGAUUGAGAUUAGGUCUCGUCUUGAUCCUGACUUAUUUGGAUAUUUUGACUUAACUGAAAUCGUAGAACAAAUAGGGUACACGAAAUGGGCUGAUAUUUGGUGGAGAAUACCUGAAACUAGUACCUAUAAGACUAUAAAUGCAGACAGGCAGGUUAUGGAACUUUUAGGUCAUCUAGAGUCUGACCAACGGGUACUAACUGUCUAUGUUGAGGGAGGGGAGAUGGGAAACAAUGAUGAUGCUAUUGAUUUAGGUCAGGACAAUAAAAUGGGGGAUGUUGAUGGGCAGGCUGAUGCUUUAGGUGUUGAAGGGCAGGGUAUUGAGGUGCAGGCUGCUGAUUUAGUUGUUGAAGGGCAGGGUGUUGAGGGGCAGGGGGUUGAAGGGAUAGAGGGUGGAGAUGGGGAGGGUCCUCUAGAUGAUAUGAGUGAAGAUGAUGAUGACUAUACCCCUUCUAUUGAUUCAGCAUUGGAUGGUUUAGCAGAGGAUGAGCUAGUGAGUGAUGAUGAGGAAUAUGUCCAGUCAAGAAGGAACUUAGCAAACAAGCCCAAUGUUUUUGAGCUCAUUGAUGACAAUGUUAGGACAGAACAAGAUUUGGUAGGUGAAGUAAAUGUAGAAUCUGAAUAUGAUGCUAGUGAAGGGGAUGUUGACUCAUCUGAAACUGAUGAGGAGGGAGUUGUUGUUAGAGGUAAACCAAAGAAGCUACUUUAUAACCCUAAGUGUAACCACAAGGACUUAGAUCUCUGUCUAGGCCUUAGAUUUCAAGAUGGCUGGCAAUGCAGAGAGGCCAUUCAGGCUUGGGCAAUUGAGAAUCACAAGCAUGUCCAUUUCAAGAGGGUGUCAGGGGAGUUUUGUGAGGCAUUUUGUAAGAAAGGGUGUCCUUGGAGGAUUUAUGCAAGUAGAGUCAGUGGGGAUGGAUCUUUCAAGAUCAGGUGGAGGGGUAUGUUGUGA